AUGUCGACUCCUCCCACCGUCACUCAAAUUGACUCGCAGGGUAUAUCUGUCUAUGCCCUAGUCGAGCAGCAUGGCCUGAAGAAGAUCGCCAGCGGCAAGGUUCGCGAGAUCUACGAGAUUGAUCCUCAGAGCCUACUCUUCGUAGCCACAGACCGCAUCUCAGCCUACGAUGUCAUCAUGAAGAACGGUGUGCCUCAAAAGGGCGCUCUCCUCACUCUCAUGAGUGUUCACUGGUUCAACCUGUUCAAAGAGAAGAUCCCUGACCUCAAGACCCAUCUUCUCAGUGCUUCUGUGCCUGCUUCGGUUGCUUCGUCUCUCUCUGCUGAAGUCAGCGAUCAGUUGCGUCUGCGUACCAUGCAUGUGCGUCGUCUGAAGGUUUUGCCUUUGGAGAGCAUUGUUCGUGGUUAUAUCACUGGUUCUGCAUGGUCGGAGUACAAGAAGAGCGGCACUGUUCACGGCAUCGCUAUGCCCAAGGGUCUGCAGGAAAGUCAGAAGCUGGAGAAGCCUCUCUGGACUCCCAGCACCAAGGCUGAAGUCGGCGACAAGGAUGAGAACAUCAGUCCUGAGCAAGCCACCAAGAUCGUUGGUGAGAAGUAUGCAAAGAAGAUUGAGGAGUUGAGUUUGAAGGUCUACCAGAUCGCCAGAGACUACGCUGCCGAGCGUGGUAUCAUUAUUGCCGAUACCAAGUUCGAGUUUGGCCUUGAUGUCGAGACUGACGAGGUUAUCCUGGUGGACGAAGUACUUACCCCUGAUAGCUCGCGCUUCUGGCCUGCAGACAAGUACGAACUUGGCAAGUCACAGGACAGCUUCGACAAGCAAUAUCUGCGUGACUGGCUGACCAAGGAGGGCCUCAAGGGCAAGGAUGGCGUCGAGAUGACUGAUGCUGUGGUCAAGGAGACGGCCAAGAAGUACCGUGAGGCAUUCGAGAUGUUGACUGGCCAGAAGUGGGAUGAGGUUGUCAAGAGCAGUGCUUAA